UGUCCAGGAUCGCAGUUGUCCCCGUCGCCCCCUCGAACCCAAUGUGAAAUACGCGGACCACCCAGCUGCCAGCUAGCGCUGUUGCUCUGGGGCGGGGCUGCAACCCGGAGGCGCGCCGAGUACUGACGAUCGUCUUCGGCUCUUUCCGCUGCUAGGCCCUUCGGGCGGUGUUGGCCGCGUGUCGGUCUCUCGGCUGUUUCCGCCUUCGCUCGGCGUUGUCCUGGCAACGCGGGCGGCUCAGUGGCGGAGUGGAGGUUUCAGCCCUAACGGGUCUGUGUUUCAUCAUGGCCCUCUAUUUUGACCACCGAAUCAAAGCCCCAGAUGCAGUCGGGUUCCCCUCCCACAUCAGUUGGCACCCUGUUCACCCAUUCCUGGCAGUGGCCUCCGUGAGCACAACGUCAGGAGGCAGUGUGGCUAUCUACCUGGAACAAGGUGAGCCUGUCCCCGACACGCAUAUUGAGAGGUCCUUCAGAGUCACUUCCGUGUGUUGGCACCCAACACGACUGGUCCUGGCUAUUGGCUGGGAGACUGGAGAAGUGAUCGUGUUUAACAAGCAGGACAAGGAGCAGCACACGGUGCCCCCAACACACACUGCCGACAUCACCAUCCUCAGUUGGAGCACCAGUGGGAGCUGCUUGGUAUCUGGUGACAGGCUUGGUGUCUUGCUCCUGUGGAGGCUGGACCAGCGGGGCCGAGUGCAGGGUACACCCCUGCUGAAGCAUGAGUAUGGGAAACCCCUCACCCAUUGCAUCUUCCGGCUUCCUCCUCCUGGCGAGGACCUGGUUCAGUUGGCGAAGGCAGCCGUGAGUGGUGAUGAGAAAGCCCUAGACAUGUUUAACUGGAGGAAGAGUGGCUUUGGGAGUUUCCUGAAGAUGGGGUGUCAAGGAGGCCUGUCAUUCUUUGUCAGUCUGAUGGAUGGGUCAGUUCACUAUGUAGAUGAGAAAGGCAAGACUGCCCAGGUGGCAUCCACAGACAGCGCCAUCCAGACACUGUUCUACAUCGAGAAGAGAGAGGCACUGGUGGUGGUCAUGGAGAACCUUCUGUUGUCCUUGUACAUGGUGACACCUGAGGGGGAAGCUGAAGAAGUGAUGAAGGUGAAGCUGAGUGGGAAAGCCAGCUGCCAGGCGGAAAUCGCUUUGAUUGAGGGCAGCCUUCUUGUGACAGCCCUUGGGGAAGCAGUCCUCAGAUUCUGGGACUUGGAACGAGGAGAGAAUUACAUACUGAGUCCAGAGGAGAAGUUUGGCUUUGAAAAAGGAGAAAACAUCAACUGUGUUUGUUACUGUAAAGUCAAAGGUCUUCUGGCAGCUGGUACCAAUAAAGGGCGAGUAGCCAUGUGGAGAAAAGUGCCAGGCUCCUCAGGCAGCCGAGGGGUGGAGGGCAAGGACAUGUGGGCCCUUCAAACGCCUACGGAGCUCGAAGGAAACAUCACACAAAUAAAGUGGGGCUCCAGGAAGAACCUUCUGGCAGUGAGCAGUAUCAGCUCCGUGUCAAUCCUUAGUGAGCAGACCAUGUCGUCGCACUUCCACCAGCAGGUGGCUGCCGUGCAAAUUUCCCCAAGCUUACUCAAUGUGUCCUUCCUGUCCACGGGGGGAACGCACAGCCUGCGCACAGACAUGCACAUCACUGGAGUGUUUGCUGCCAAGGAUGCUGUGGCUGUGUGGAAUGGAAAACAGGUGGCCAUCUUUGAGCCUUCUGGAACCACCUUACGGAAUGCAGGGACCUUCCUGUGUGAGUCCCCUGUGUUAGCCAUGUAUGAGGAAAACAUUUAUACAGUGGAGCCAAACCGAGUUCAAGUUCGGACCUGGCAGGGGACUAUCAAACAACUCCUACUGUUCUCCGAGACUGAGGGGAGCCCCUGCUUCCUGGACAUCUGUGGAACUUUCCUGGUUGUAGGGACAGACUUAGCUCACUUUAAAAGCUUUGAUCUUUCCCGAAGAGAGGCAAAGGUGCACUGCAGCUGCAAGAACCUGGCGGAGCUGGUCCCCGGGGUGGGGGCCAUCACUUCUCUCAGAUGCAAUGCCAGUGGAAACAAGAUCAGCAUCCUGCUCAGUAAGACUGAUAACAGCCCUGAUUCCAAAAUCUGCUUCUACGACAUUGAAAUGGACACAGUGACUGUCUUUGAUUUCAAGACUGGACAGAUUGAUCAGAGAGACAUGCUCCCCUUUAGUGGACAAGGGACUAACAAGAGCCAUGUCUUUGAGGAUGAGAGACUAAUGAAUUACAUUCCUGUGAACCAUUUCUGGGAUCAAAGUGAACCCAGGCUUUUUGCGUGUGAGGCCAUGCAAGAGGCAACAGGAGCCCAGCUGCAGGCUGCAGACAAGCAGCCCCAUGGAGAGGACAGCACCCGUCACACGGAAGAUGUUUUGAUUCUAUCAUUCUUCACUUCUGAAGAGCAUGGUUUCCUGCUCCAUGACAGCUUCCCCCGGCCUCCUGCCUACCAGAGCCUUCUGGGGAUGGAAGUGCCCCAUUAUUACUUCACAAAAAAGCUGUUGUUCCAGAGAGGAGGCGUGUAUGAUGCAGUCCCUGGAGAAGCAGAGCGAGAAGAAAGAGUGGAUUCUGGGCAACCUGAUAUACCCCAGAUGGUGGCCAAGAAACCCCUACGAGACUUUGUGGGUCUGGAGGACUGUGACAAGCCUACCCGGGAUGCUAUGCUCAAUUUCAGCUUCUUCAUCACCGUCGGAGAUAUGGACGAAGCGUUCAGAUCUAUCAAACUCAUCAAAAGGCGCCCGGAGCUGAUGAAGUACAGAUGUGAUUGCUCCCCACAGACACUUGGACAACAGGAAAUUCUCAAGACUUGGACAGGACUAGGAGGGUGUUUACUUCUUGCCGUUUAUGUCAGAUGUACAAAGUCCAGAACUCCACACUGGAGUUAGAGUUGUCCCCAUCCUCAGUGAGUUGUGCAUGGAGAGAAUGUUAGGAAUUGUGUGGGGGUGUUGAGGCCAUCAUGGGCUGAGAGGAAGCCUCCGAGAUUGCAGUGUGCAUUUUGUGGAGGAAGGUUGGCAGCCACCUCUCUGGGUCCA